AUGGCAACCCGCUCCCGGCCGCCCUCUCGAACCCGCUCCCCUAUUGAUCAAGGGGACCUGGGACCCUUCCUUCCGUCAGCCGCCCCUGUCGAGCUUGGGGAAGUAUCCCUCGAGCGCGUCACACGCCUCCUCCUUGGCCUCCUCGGCCAAGUCGAACGCCUCGAACAAGAAGUUGGGGAAAUCAAGGAAGCAGGGAUUGAGACCCGCACCAACGUCAAAAAUAUAUCCCAAGCCGUCGAUGUUGUCAAGGAUGGGCUUAGAAGCCUCCAAACCCACGGGCCAAGGACCCCAGAAGAUACCAAGCCCCCGGCCGUGGAAGCAACGCCACGCCCCCUAUCAAAAGUCGACCCUAUUGGAUCGACUAGUCGGGUCUCAUUCUGGCCCAAACCAUCUAAGGGGUUGCCCGCCUUUGCCCAACCCACUCCUGUACGAGCAGUGCCCCCGCAAGUCCCAUCUCCCCCUCCAUCUCCGCGUCUCCGAUCCCCAAUCGGAGCACCUGCCCCUCUCCCUCCGGCUCCAGCAGCCCACUAUCCCGCUCCGGUCAAGGUUGACCACCCCGACGCCUACACAGGCAAAAUAGGGAGUGAGGCAAAACAAUGGCUGACCUGGAUGCUGGCCUGGACCCGCCUCAACUCGCAGAUGUUCCCAACUGAUCAGGAGGUCCUAUCCUUCCUCCUGAUGAACAUGAAGGAUUCCGCCGGGGCCUGGGCCCACCCACACCUCGACCAGCUUGGAUCACACCGAGCCAUUAUUCAAACAGUCGAGGGGUUCAAGUCGGAGUUCUUGGCAGCAUUUGGCGACCCUGAUGCCACAAGGGCCGCCAAGCGGAAAAUUACCACCCUCACUCAGUCCGGCACAUGCGCGGACUAUAUCACAAAGUUCAGGACCUUAGCAAUGGAACUGGACUGGAACGACGCGGCCCUUCGAGGCCAGUUUGCCCAAGGCCUCCAUUGGGAGGUCAGCCGCCAAAUUGCGACCCGUGAACACCGCCCCCGCACCCUCUUAGAGCUGCAAAAUGCAGCACUUGUCAUUGAUAACGCCCUCCGUGAGGAGCGUGCUAGCCAUCCGCCAAAGGAUAGUAAGUCUAGCAGACCAUCUAACCCCGCAAGGGGGACGAGUACCGGCCAGUCAAGCACCGGUUCUAAGAAGCUCUCCGACAAUCCAAACUUUGUGUCGGAAGAAGAACGAAAUCGCCGCCGCGCCGCUGGCGCUUGUAUCAAGUGCGGAAAAAUGGGUCACAAGUUUGCGGAAUGCCGCACGGGUUGGAAAGCCACCCCUAUCAAGGAUAAGGGGAAUGCUAAGGAAGCCGCCAAGAUUGGCGAAGACUCUGAGUACCAAUCGGGAAAAGAUCACAAUAGAAUCUCCCCCCUAUUCACAAUUUCCAUCAAACCAGAGAAACAAGCGGAACACUUAGAAGUCCUGAUUGAUUCAGGCGCCACUUCCUCCUUCAUGCAUCCCCGUACCGCGGAAUCACUCCGCCUCCCACUCAUAGACCUCCCUUCACCUUGUACUGUUACCAUGCUCGAUGGGUCGAGCCCCCAGGCUGGCAAAAUCUGGAAAAAGGCUAACCUAACCUUUUCCUUUGAUGACAAACGUAUAACUGAGACCUUCCUCAUCUGCAACACAGGAUCUCACGCUGCCAUCUUAGGAUUGAAAUGGUUGGACGCCCACAAUCCGGAGAUUGAUUGGAAUCAACGGACCCUAUCCUUUCCCCAUGCGCCUCCAGAACAUGUGGCCAUUGCUGAGGAGGAAGAAGCUGACCAAAACCCCCUUGAUGGAGUACCCUCCAAGUACCACCAAUACGCCAAGGUAUUUGGAGAGGAGGAAUUCAACAAGCUUCCGCCCCAUUGGCAUUACGACAUUGGGAUCGAACUGACGGAAGAAGGCCCCUUGAACUCUCCAUUAUACAGCAUGACUGACGCCGAAUCCGCUACGCUCAAGGAUUGGCUCAGGGAUGAGCUCAAGGCUGGGAAGAUUCGUCCCAGCAAAUCCUCAAUCAGUUCCCCUGUCAUGUUUGUCCCUAAAAAGGAUGGCUCCCGCCGAUUGGUCGUUGAUUACCGCCGUCUCAACAACCGGACCAAAAAGAACGUUUACCCACUCCCUCGUCCCAAUGACUUGAUGGCCCAGCUCCGUGGUGCCAAGGUUUUCACUAAAUUGGACUUGCGAUGGGGAUACAACAAUGUCCGUGUUAAAGAAGGUGACGAAUGGAAAACCGCGUUCCGAACCAAGUACGGCCUCUAUGAAUCCCUGGUCAUGACCUUUGGCCUGACAAAUGCCCCUGCCGCUUUCCAGCACUUUAUGAAUGAACUAUUCAAAGACUUACUGGACGUAUGCGUCAUCAUCUACCUUGAUGACAUCCUAAUUUACUCUAAGGAUGACGCAUCCCACACAAAGCAUGUUCAUGAAGUCCUAAAGCGGUUAAUGGAUAACCAGUUAUUCUGCAAGGCAUCAAAGUGCACCUUCCAUGUCACCGCUGUUGAAUACCUAGGGAUUAUGGUCUCCGAUAAGGGUUUCAGUCUGGAUAAGCUCAAAAUACAGGCAGUACAAGAAUGGCCGGUACCCACUAAGGUCAAAGAAGUCCAAUCAUUUCUGGGAUUUGCCAAUUUCCUCCGCCGCUUUGUCGCCAACUUUAGUCAUAUUGCUAGGCCGCUACACAACCUAGUCAAAAAGGACACUCCUUGGAAAUGGGACAUCAAGGAACAAGAGGCCUUCCAGGGAUUAAAAGACGCUAUUACCAACGCACCCGUACUAUGUCAUGCAGACCCGUCCAAGCCCUAUUUCCUGGAAACAGACGCCUCAGGGGCAGCACUAGGUUCCAUACUCAGCCAACGUCAGGAAGACGGCCGUCUCCAUCCGCUAGGUUUCCUAUCUGAGUCAUUCAAGGGGGCAGAGCAGAACUACGACACCCAUGACAAGGAACUCUUAGCUAUCAUCCGCUCCUUUGAGUACUGGCGCAUUUUCCUGGAAGGAACCGCCCACCCUGUCACCGUAUUCACGGACCACCGAAACCUGGAGUACUGGAAGAAGUCCCAAACAUUCAACCGUCGCCACGCUCGAUGGCACCUACUAUUGGCAGGGUAUAACUUCCAAAUCGUUUACCGCCCAGGAAAGCAGUCCGGAAAACCUGAUGCCCUCUCACGACGUGCUGAUCAUGCCGACAUUCCACCCGCCGCCCAGACCAUGCUCCCUGACCCAGUAUUUGCCAACAUGGCCCUGGUAACUCCCGAAAAAGAACUACAACGCCAGAUUGAAGCUGCAUUGGACCAAGAUGAGUCCCUGGAGGAGAUACUACAAUUCCUCCAAAAUGAGUCCAAGGCCCCACCAUCAAUUAAACGCGCCUUCAGGGAUUACAAUAUGGAAGCAGGCUUACUAUUUUACCAAGGGAGAAUUGUGGUACCAGACAUCGGAACAUUGAGAACGGACCUACUUUGCAUAUUCCACGACAGCCCUCUGGCUGGUCACCUGGGCAGGCAACGGACCCUAGAACUGGUAUCCAGGAACUACUACUGGCCUGGCAUCCGGGCUGACACAUACUGGCACGUUGAUUCUUGCAAAACAUGCCAAUGGAUCCGGAAACCCAAGUACGCAUCCAUCCCACCUCAACCUCUGGAACUCCCAUCAUGCCCGUGGCAACAUGUGUCAUAUGACAUGAUAGUAGACCUGCCCAAAGACGGAAAUAGUGACUCCAUCCUGGUCAUUGUGGAUAGCUUUACCAAAUAUGUAAUCCUGGUAGAGUGUUCCAAGAAACUCAAAGCACCGGAGUUAGCAGAUCUAUUCCUGCGCCAUGUAUGGAAACGCUAUGGUAUGCCUGAAAAGACAGUAUCGGACCGCGGACGGGUCUUCAAUAACAAAUUCCUGAAGGCCCUGUACCAACGCCUGGGAAUAGACCCCCAUUUCUCCUCAGCCUAUCACCCUCAAAGUGACGGGCAGACAGAACGUGUAAAUCCCACGGUUGAACACUUCUUACGGGCCUACUCAGGGAUAAACCAGAGGGACUGGGUCAAAUGGUUACCAAUGGCGGAAUUUGCCUACAACAACGCGGUACAUAGCUCAACAGGCAAAUCCCCUUUUAAGGCACUAUACAGAUGGGAACCUUCCUUGACUCCGAGUAACGUUCCAACAGACGUCCCUGAGGCAGAUGAUCUAGCAGCCCAGAUGGAAUCACAAUGGCAAGAAAUAGAGGCGGCACUCCGGCAAUCAAAGACACGCAUGGUAGCCGGAGAAGUAGGAGAACCACUCAAGUUCGAAAUCGGAGAAGAAGCCUGGCUAGACGCCAAAAAUGUGAAGCUAAAGACCCUGAGUCCAAAGCUAACUGAACAACGCCUAGGCCCCUUCAAAGUAAUCGAGAGAAUCUCCGACAGAGCGUACCGCCUAGAACUCCCACCAACAAUGAGAAUCCACAAUGUCUUCUACGUGGGUCUCCUGUCAAAGGUCAAGAGGGACAAAAAGCGCAGCUUUGAGAACCGGCCUCCACCCGUCACCGUGGAUGGAGAGGAAGAAUAUGAGGUUGAAGGGAUCACAGACAUGGAAGAAAGGAACGGGAAGUGGUUUUUUAGGGUAAAAUGGAAAGGCUACGGAUCAGAGGAGAAUACCUGGGAACCAAGGGAAAACCUCAAAAACGCCGAAAAAAUCCUAGAAAAAUUUGAAAAGGAAAUGAAAAAGAAGGCCCUCGGCGCUGCCAAGGCCCUUAGAGGGGGGGCAGUGUCGUAG